CAUCGGGGAGUCGGCAUGGCGGCACCACCGUCCAGAAAGGUUUUCGAGGUCUUCGUCUCUCGCGUUCCCUGGACCCUGGCAAGCAAAGAAAUCAAGGAUUAUUUUGGACAGUUUGGAUCAUUGAAGAAAUGUCUUCUUCCAUUUGACAAGGAGACUGGAUUUCACAAAGGAUUUUGUUGGGUCAGUUUCAGUACAGAAGAAGGACUUAAGAAUGUGCUGCAGACAGAAGUACAUAAUAUUGAAGGUGCAAAGCUUCAAGUUCAGAGGAACAGAAAAUUAUUCCUAGGACGAAAAGCCAAGAAUAUUACCGAAUCAUCAAGUUGAUACCGAUAUGGAGGGUGUAGUUCAAUUUGUUUUUGUCUUAAAGUCAAUGAAUAAACAGUUGUAAUGUUUAAAAUCUC